GACAGAACUGAGUUCGUGUCUCUAAAAAUAAAUGAAAAUUUUAAAAAUUUUUUGGGAAAAUAUUAAUUGAUAAUAAAACUUUUCAUUGUCUGUUCAUGCAAGAUGUAUUCUUUUAAAAGUUUAUUUUGUUCCUCUUUGCUUCAGUGAUAUUCAUCUAUGAGCUUGUGGCUGAGAAUUUUUGAGAACUUAACUAUACUGUUAAUUAUACCAAAUCAUAGCCUUAUUGGAGGAGUAAAAAUUUAGAGAAGUGUCAUUCCAGUUUAUUAAUGUAAUGGUCUUUCUUUAGGGAUGUUAUCAGUUUUCUCAGCAAUGUCUGCAGAUAGAGUGUUAUAAAUCAUGUGGCUUCUGUGGAAUUGCAUCACAUGUUGCUUAUAUAAUGCCCUUCUUCUUUUUUCUUUAACGAUGGGGAAGAGGGAGAGAACAGUAAACAUUUCUUAAUUUCAGGUACUGCUGAAUGUGGACUUUGGAAUUAGAUGGACCGGAGUUUGAAUCCCAUCCCAAUCACUGAUAGCCUAGUUGUUUUUAACCCCUUGGAUCCCCAUUUUCCUCAUCCAUAAAAUGGAAAUGACUUACUCCUGAUAUUCAUGCUUUUCAUCCCCAUUGGAAUAUCUGUACCCAUGUUGUCCAAUACAAGACACUAGCCUUAUGAUGACGUUGGGUUUGAAAUGUGGCUAGUCCCAAUUGAAACGUGAGAAAAACACAGCUUGACUUUAGUCAGAUACAUCCCUGUCUGUUAAAGGAAACCAAGCCUGAAGUGGAAGCCUAACACAUGAGAACACAGAAUUGAUUCAAAAUGGGAACAACAAGUGAUGAGAUGGUGUCUGUAGAACAGACUUCCUCCUCUUCUCUAAACCCCCUGUGUUUUGAAUGUGGCCAACAGCACUGGACAAGAGAAAACCACUUAUACAAUUACCAGAAUGAAGUGGAUGAUGACCUAGUCUGCCAUAUUUGCCUUCAGCCCCUGCUGCAACCACUGGACACCCCCUGUGGACAUACAUUCUGCUACAAGUGCCUCAGAAACUUUUUACAAGAGAAAGAUUUCUGUCCGUUGGACCGGAAAAGACUUCAUUUUAAGUUGUGCAAGAAGUCUAGUAUUCUAGUUCAUAAACUCCUAGACAAAUUGUUAGUUUUAUGUCCAUUUUCUUCAGUGUGCCAAGAUGUAAUGCAACGCUGUGAUCUGGAGGCACAUCUCAAAAACAGAUGUCCUGGAGCUUCUCAUCGGAGAGUUGCCCUGGAAAGAAGGAAAACUAGUAAAACUCAGGCAGACAUUGAGAAUGAAAAUGGGCCCACGAUACUAGAUCCUGCAGUUACCUUAUCUCCAGAAACGGACUGUUUGGGGACAGGCACAGUGCCUGUGGAGCGGCACUUGACAUCAGCGUCUCUUUCCGCAUGGAGUGAGGAGCCUGGCCUUGACAACCCUGCCUUUGAGGAGAGUGCUGGAGCUGACGCCACACAACAGCCACUUAGUUUACCAGAAGGAGAAAUCACCACGAUUGAAAUUCAUCGGUCCAAUCCUUACAUUCAGUUAGGAAUCAGCAUUGUGGGUGGCAAUGAAACACCAUUGAUUAACAUUGUCAUCCAGGAGGUCUAUCGGGAUGGGGUCAUCGCCAGAGAUGGGAGACUCCUUGCUGGAGACCAGAUUCUUCAGGUCAACAACUACAAUAUCAGCAAUGUGUCCCAUAACUAUGCCAGAGCUGUCCUUUCCCAGCCCUGCAAUACACUGCAUCUUACUGUGCUGCGAGAGAGGCGCUUUGGCAACCGAGCACACAGCCAUUCUGAUAGUAACUCUCCACGAGAAGAGAUUUUCCAAGUGGUUCUUCAUAAACGGGACUCUGGUGAACAGCUUGGCAUUAAAUUAGUGCGAAGGACAGACGAACCAGGUGUUUUUAUUCUUGAUCUGUUGGAAGGGGGAUUGGCUGCACAGGACGGCAGGCUCAGCAGCAAUGACCGGGUGCUGGCCAUCAAUGGGCAUGACCUGAAGCAUGGAACUCCGGAGCUUGCUGCCCAGAUUAUUCAGGCCAGUGGAGAGAGAGUGAAUUUAACAAUUGCUAGACCAGGGAAGCCCCAGCCUGGUAACACCAUGAGAGAAGCAGGAAAUCAUAGCAGCAGCAGCCAGCACCACACACUACCACCAUAUUACAGCAGACCAAGCUCACAUAAGGAUCUUACUCAGUGUGUUACAUGCCAAGAAAAACACAUUACUGUAAAGAAGGAACCACAUGAGUCCCUUGGCAUGACUGUUGCUGGGGGCAGGGGAAGUAAGAGUGGUGAGCUGCCCAUCUUUGUGACUAGCGUGCCGCCCCAUGGCUGCCUUGCACGAGAUGGCAGAAUCAAGAGAGGUGAUGUGUUGCUGAAUAUCAACGGCAUUGAUUUGACCAAUUUAAGUCACAGUGAGGCAGUUGCCAUGCUGAAAGCCAGUGCUGCGUCCCCUGCUGUUGCCCUUAAAGCACUUGAGGUCCAGAUUGUUGAGGAGGUGACUCAGAACACGGAGGAGCAGCCAAGUACUUUCAGCGAAAAUGAGUAUGACACUAGUUGGUCCCCAUCAUGGGUCAUGUGGCUUGGGCUUCCAAGUACACUUCAUAGCUGCCACGAUAUAGUUUUACGAAGAAGCUACUUGGGAAGUUGGGGCUUUAGUAUCGUUGGUGGAUAUGAAGAGAACCACACCAAUCAGCCUUUUUUCAUUAAAACUAUUGUCUUGGGAACUCCUGCUUAUUAUGAUGGAAGAUUAAAGUGUGGCGACAUGAUCGUGGCCGUAAAUGGGCUGUCGACUGUGGGCAUGAGCCACUCUGCACUAGUUCCCAUGUUGAAGGAGCAGAGGAACAAAGUCACUCUGACUGUUAUUUGUUGGCCUGGCAGCCUUGUAUAGGUUUUGGAAAUUGGUUUUGAAUCUUGUGUCUUCCUUUUUUUAGGUUUUUGAAAGAAAACUCUUUGGUUUCAUUGUGUUUGUGGUUGUUAGGAGGUGCUGACACAGCUGGUAUACACAGGGCCAAAACCCACUAAGAUUGUCCUUUUAUGUUUAUUUAAAUUGUUUCCUGAGUUAGUUACAUUUCUUUUAGCUUGAAAGUCUUCCACUAACCUUUGCAAGUUUAUAUUUUCAGAAUUCAGACUUAGUUGUUACAAUGUUACCUAUGGUAAUGAGCCAAGCUCCCCCAAACUGUGCCCCAGCUGGAGUAAAGACCUUCGGGUAGGUCUUUGUUUUCAGUAACUGAAUCAUAGAAUAAGUUAUAUAUCCCUCAGGCCUGAUGUCAGCGAAGCCAGUAACAACAGCGUGUACUGCCACUGUCAUGACCAAUGCCAUGAAUGAGGAUACUUUAAAUUUUGGUGAUAACUGGUCCCCAUUUUUUUUUAUUGGUGCCAACAUUUCAAAACUUCAUAAUGUUUAUCAAGUGAUUUUCUGGUUUAUUUCUACUAUAAUCUCUCAAUGCUUAUAGAAGAUGGAGAAAUAAGUCUGACAACACUAAAGAGAUUUCUUAAAUAAUAUACUAUUAUUAGAAUAGUAGAGAAUAAAAGAUAAUGUUACCCAGUUACAAAGGAAUUUGGAUGGUAAUUACAGCUUAAUGUUAGAGAUGGUAAAGCUGCACUUGAACAGCCCAAAAGCAUAAAAAUCUAUUUCCAAAGGAAUGUUUUGCUCUGUAGGGAAAAUCUGAAGUAGUUUUUGCCAAAAAUAAUUUCUAGAGUUGUAUUAUUCUUAGUAGUAAUCUUGGCUAGAAAUGUUUUUGUGAUUUAUCCGAUUAAAUGAGAUGAUAAAGAUAAAACCAUAUUAUUAUUCAAUACAUAUAUAUUACAGCUAAGUAAGAGAAAGGGAGACCUUUUAUUUUACUCAGGUAGAAGUCUUUGUGUAUUUUAGAAACAAUUAUUUUUCUCAUUAUUUCUUAAGAGCUUAGCUGUUUCAAGUAGGAGACAGAAAGUUCCCUUUUAUUGGAAAUGUAUGUUCUGAUGUGUCUUCAAGUCAGCUCUCGGUCACGAGACUAUUUCAUAUUUUUGAAAUGUUUUUGAAAACUAUGACUAACCCAUUUUUUUUUUUGUCCUUUAUUCGACAUACUUAUCCUCUGAAGAACACACAAAUAAGUGAAUAAGAUAAAAAUAUCUUUACCUUAUUAAUAUGCAUACUUGAAAAAAGUUUCAUUUAGAAACCUAGUUCAGAAUCUGAGCUAAUUUACAAGUGACCUCUGUAACAAAUGGUAUUGAUAAUCAGAGAAUGUAUUUCAGAAUACUACAGUACAAUAUAUUAUGACGCAUGACCGCUUUAUUUUCAGACUUAGCAAUUGCAUUGCUGGGGUUUAUUGUAUCUGUAGCAUGUCACUGAUUAUUUCAGUUAGUUUUGUAAUGAUUUAAAAAAAAAAUCUUUGAAAUAAAUAAGAUACAGCAACAAUCAUUGCUACUGACUUGUUCAACCCCCUAGUUACACUGUAUGGUCAACAUAUAACAAGAUACAGUGGAAUGCCCCAUACAGUAUAUUACUGUCAUGUGAUGAUUGGCUUUGGAAGCAAUUUGAUAUUGAAAUGCUUUGAUAUUCUAACUGACAUGGAACAAGUUUUUUCCCUGCUCCCCAAAUAGAAUUUUGUAAUCAACUUUGCUAUUUUUUUAAAGUUUGUAACAAUGUGUCAUUUCUUGGGGAGUAGCCAUCCAUCAACAAAUAUCCUGACUGCUACUUUGUUAUACACAAAAUACUUACAUUGAACCUGGUGGCAUAAUGAGUAUUUUGAAAGAAGACAUUUUUUUCACUAUCAUUUUUAUCAUAGAAAUCUUGGAAUCAGCUUAAGCUGUAGCUUUUAUGACAAAAGACAGUCAUUUUUUGCUCAGAGUGAUAUUUGGUGAUGGAAACUUGUUCAUAAUUUAUUGUUACUAUAGAACUAUUUGGAUUUUCUCAUUUUUAGUUCGAUAGUUGAAUAUUUUGGUUUGUUCUGUGCCUUCAGUUUAAAUUAUUUCAGGAUUUUUCAGAUGUUUAAAUCAUGGUGUGAAUCAUUCAGGAUGGAAAUAAACGUCAUCCUUUCCAUAAUA